CCGCCGGGGCAGUGCGGGGCGGCAGCCCCCGGGAGGCGAGCCCGGACCGGCCCCGCCGCGGCCCGCCCGCCCGGGAUGGUGCGCAUGCGCAGCGCGGCGGGGGCCGCAAGCGCCCCGGUUGCCGUGACGACGGCGUCGGCCCCGCGGCGCGGCUGAGCCGGAGCGGGCCGGCAGCCGCCGGGCCCCCGCCGCGGCCCGGCCCGGCCCAUGCCGCGGAAAGCGCUGCUCUGCGUGCUGCAGCUGGACGUCCGCUCGAUAACUUGCCCCGGAGUGCUGCUGAAAGACAAAGAGGAACUUUAUCUCAGUGUGUCUGUACUUGGGCAGUACAAAAAAACUCAAUGCGUCCCUGCAGCAUUUCCACUCUUCUUUCAAGAAAAACUAGUGUUUGAAAAGGCAUUUGCUGAUGUAGUUGAUCCUGGAGACCUUGUGGAGUUACUGGAAAUUGACACAGCAGUACUUGAACUAAUACAGCUUGUUCCUCCAGUAGGAAAAGUUCUAGCUACGUAUGAAGAAAAUACAAGAGACUUCCUGUUCCCUGACCCUAAGCUUACCCACGGGCACCAUGGUUUAGAUCGUGAGAUUUUAAUGAAGAGGUCCUCUUCUUUUACAGGAAUUGCACCAAAAUUGAGAUUUUCUACAAGCUCCCUUAUUACAGAAAGUCUGUUAAGCUCAGGAAGGAGUCAUAUACAGGGUGAUUUGAAUUGGGUACAUCACUCAACCCCAAAUGGAAAAUUGGAAACACAGUUACCAAAGAAAAAUUCUGUUUCACCUGAGAAAAGCAGGCACAACUUAGCAACAAAGAACUACGAGCAGCCUACAAUAGCUUCUAAAUCACGUUCUCCAUCUCCAUACACAAAAAGACGAAUGUGUGAGCUAUCAGAAGAAGCCAGGCAACGACUGGCCCAUUUAAACCUUGGUCCUUAUGAAUUCAGAAGAGAAACCGAUAAACCUCCAUUUGUAGUUAGACGGGUUGAACAAACAAGUCCUGGUAUUAAACUUCAUACCUGGUGUCCCAUGCAAGAAAGCGCAGCGGAAGCCUGGAACAAGGUAGACCAUGAUCCUUCUCUUCUUGGUAGCUACAGACCCAAGAAAGCCAAAGCAAAAUCUACUCAUGGAAAAGACUUUGACAGUUCUGAUGUUUGCAAUGAGGAUGGCAUCUCAGAUCCACUCAACAGACAGUCCCAUUCUGCUGCUUCAUUAGAGCAUUCAGCACCUCCAGCAUUUCAGAAGCAUUCUCUAAGUUCUGUGCUAAAUCGAUCUUCUCUAAGGGAAAGAUUUAGCUCUGGUUGGCCUUCACCAGCAAAUGGAGAUGAGAUCCAUAAAAGAGUGAAAAAUAUUUUAAGGACACACAGUGCUAGACAGCGUCUAAUGUUUGAUGAGAGUAACUCAUCAAAAGGAGACUUGACUAAGACAAGAGAAUCUUCGCAUAGAUCGCUCUUAUCCAUGAGUGAACUGCAGAGCAGUUCACCGGUGCAGCAGAACACUACUGUUCACUUGGAUAAUGGUGAAUACUGCUCUAGUCGUGCAGCUGUGUACAAAGGGAAGCCUCACAGAGCAAUCUUUGAAGAGAGUCUCGAGAAAAUAUAUAGAAACAUGUAUCGAAAAGCUUCUGGCACUGUUUCAGACCAAAAAACACACUCCUGAUAGCAAUUCACCUGGAAAUGCACAGUACACAGUGGUCAUAUUUGUAAUGAAACCUAUUUUUAUGUAACAAAUAUUUGUACUCUAUUUUUAAGGUGUAAUUAUGGUUAGGCAGGGUUUUGGAGAAACGGGGUUUUGGCCUGCCUUGCCAAAAGGAAACUAUUAAUAUCCCACUGCUCUCCCCCGCCCCCCCCCCCAAAAAAAAACCAAACCGAAAAAACCAGCAACUUCACAAUUAAGCAAGAUGGUGUUGCUCCUUUGAGACUACGAAAAGAUAGUCAUUUGAAGACUAAUAGGUCCGCUGGACAUUCGUGUCUGACGUCAACUCAGGUUUCAGCUGCAGCCAAUUUUCAUUAAAUAAUUAAAGCUAUUUAGUAACAUAAACAGAAUUGGUUGAAGAAGCAGUAUGUCCUAGUGUUCAGAGGGGGGGGUCUAAAGAGGAAGGUGAAUGUGAAUGUUGAUUUAAAAGUGUCCCAUCAGGGUCAAAGGGAAUUGUUUUCUAGAAAAUUGCCUUGGAUUGUUUAUUUUUGAGACAGGCAGAAACUCUGAUACUGACCUAUAGACAUGCUUUCGAAGUGGUUUCAAGCACCUUCAGUCACAAAUUUUCUGAUUUUAAAAGAAACGCACCCAUCCCAGCAGCCUCUAUAUCAGAAGAAAGGUUAUCUUUGCACACCCUGUGCAUUUGAAAAUUUCCAGGUUCUCUUGAAUGCAACCAUGACAUUUGCCAAUAUAUUUGUAAUUUUAAAAAAUAUGAAUAAGAAAGGAGUGCAGAGGGGGAAAGACUGGAGCUAGUCAGCAAGCUCUUCAUAUAUCCCGUACAGGCCUUCUGAAGUUCCUGCAUCACAAUCCCACCUAAUUUGGAGCCUGUCCUUCCCAGUCUGCUGGGAUCCUGUUGGCAGAAAUCAUACCGUUUUUGCUAAAGGCCACCAAAUGUUCAUCAGCAGUUCGAUGCUUUCCCUGGGGAUGGAACCUUUUCAGCCUUGCAUUGAACAGAUCCCACAUUAGCAGACCGGGGCAAAUUGCCCAUCUAUUGAAAAGCGGAAUGUUUUAAAAGGGCAAGAGUGUCCAUCUCCUGCUUCCUUUCAGAAUGGGGGAAAAACCAAAUGCCUGUUCUGGCUCCUUCCCUGACUGAACGAACAGAUUCAGUUACACCAAUGCCAUUUUACCUGUUAUGAUUGGAUAAAGGAUAAAGCUAGCAGUACAGAUGGCAGAACAUAUGACUGUAACCUGCCAGCAUGCCUAGAUAAACAAAAAGUUGGUCUACUCUGCCUUCCAUCCUUUAAUGCUGAGACAACAUAAUUGAUUUGAGAAAGCAGUUGGUGAGCAAUUAUGCUAGUGGGAAAGCACGCUGAAAGGCUGUGUGCUUCUGUUUCAGGAAAGGGGACUCUCAGAGGAAGUGUCUUGCAUAUAGACAUUUCUAUUCCUUGUAACUGUUAAACCAGUUGAAGUGGAUUAACACUGAUAACUUCCUAUCCUUGAUGCCAUUUAGCAUAUUAGUACUUUCAAAGGGCAUUACUUGCACAGUCUAAUGCGGUGGGUAAGUGUUGAGUCACUCUAUGAAGUAGUAGUACAUUUUUUUUUGCAGAAGUGAAAAGUAAAACUUACCCAAGUUGUGCCACUGAAGGCAUGGUGGCCGUGGAGUAUUGUGCUACUGUUACCUGGUAUUGAUUCAUUAGCCUGUUCCUGUGACCCCAUAUUAGUCCAUAAAGGGAUGGUUUCUUUCUCCUUGCUGUUCAGGAAAGUAGGUGUAUUCAAAUGGAUCCUAGAUAGGCAGGGCACAUUCUGAGAGAUACUUUCCAAGCUUUUGGUUUAAAAUGAAUCUACUGAAAUCUGAAGGUUGCUGCAGUUUCCUGUAGGUGUUUGAGCUGUAAGAUUUAGUGUUCUUCUCAUGGUAUCCCACAGUUUUCAUUCAAUAUUCUGUGUGUUUUCCCUCCCCAGUGUCAUAGCUUAGUAAAAGUUACAGUCUUCUGAAGAUUGGCUGCUCCCCCUUGGCCUAAUCUGGUUCUGUGACACAGAAGUACUGUUCGAUUUUUCCCUCCCCAGCUAUCCAGCAGAUUUUAGUCCCGGUUUGUUCAGUGUGUAAGAAGGCCUGAAUGCUGAGGCUUUGGGGUUUUUGUAUGUAUGAGUAAGGAUACAAGUUGCCAUGAAUUCAAGACACAAGGAGGGGCUGAGGGAGGUUAGAGGCCACUGUGAAAAAACAGGGUAAUGUUUGCGAGGGGUCUAGAGGAAUGGCUGGGGUAUAUCUGUUUAAUUACCCUAGCUAAAGAAAGGAAGCAUAUGGUGAUAUGGCAACCUUCAGUUUUUCAUCAAAGAUGAAAAUUUUUCAUCAAAGGUGAAAACUGCAUGGGAGAAAAAAAAAAGUCAUAUAUUGAAUUUUGACUGGUAUGAAUAUUCUCACUGUAGCCUUCGUAUGCAGCAUAACAACAAGUGAAGCAGAUAGACUAUGAGUGUCUUUGGCCCUGCUCCAGCUAUGAGGGGAGAUGGUGUGUAUUAUGUCUUUCUGAAUCAGCUGCUGCAGGAGAUGUGUUUCUCUCUUGGGUCAGAGUCGUUCCACAGCUUAUAUGCUGUGAUACAACAGUGUUCUCUUCCAAGCACUGGGCUGGAAAUCGGGUCUGGUUAAUGGAAAACUUUUCUCUGAAAUGUGACUUAAGACCCAAAUUACUCCGAUCUGUCCAUAAAAUCUGCAAGCCACUUUGUUUUCAAAAGCAUUUGGCCCCUUCCCUGUUUGCUCAGCUAACCCUCCUAUUAAUAUGCAUACAGCUCAAGUGCACUGAGCACUGCUGCUCCUUUGCUACUGCAGGAUGUGAUAAGUAUAGGUUCAGGCAGUGAACCAACAUAGUAAUAAACUGUAAUUGUUUAGUGCACCUUGCCUUCUAAUACAAUUUAAAUCCCUUCUAUCAAAUGCAAAUUUCUAGGUUCCUGAGUGGAGCUUUAAAUAGCAUUUUCUAUGCUCAUUCCUUAUCUUUUGCCAUCCACAAAGUGGUCUGUUAGUGACAGUGGGACGGCAUAAUUUGACCCCCAUCAUUUUACCUCCUAAAGGAAAUCUAGAAAUAAUGGGCUAGAUUAAGAAGGAAUUAGUGUUUUUCUGUAGAGUCUCUCUCUUUCUCUUGCCCUCCCCAAGUUAUUAUAUGAGUAUUCUCACCAAAUGCUAUUCAGCAUGCAGUGUUGCUUGCAGUAUGCAAUCAGUAUUUUAAUCACUUUCAUUUUAAUAAGUCAGAGUCUGCUUCCUACUUGCUCCCUUCCCUCUUUCCUCCAAAUAACUUGGUAUAGUUUAGAAUCUUGGGGUGGCUUUAGACAAACUACCUGCCUGCGUUCAGUAGAAAUGCAAAUCCUUUGCUGAGUAGUAGUUGCUUUGGAAAUCAGUCAUUGACCUGUUGUGGAUUAAAGGCAAAAAUGUCAAACUCUUUAAUGAUUUGCCUUAUCUAAGUUUUCAACUAGAAGAAGGGAAGCUUAAAUUGGUCCACUGGGGACAAGAGGCAUAGGGAUGGCUAGAGUAAUGGGAACAGGUAGGAGCAGCUUUGUAAGAUAGAUGGGCAGCAGUGUUUAUAUUCCAAAUCUGAGCAGCUUGGAAGAUGAUGAGGGCUGUUCUUUAGAUUGUGCAUCACAUGUUUGAAUCUUAUUAUUACUUCAGAGACUACCAAAACAGUGAGGGGAGAAAGAAAUCUACCUAUAGGUGUUGGGAGUCUAUUUUUUGGGUAAAAUAACAGAACAUUUAGCUCUGCUCAGUAUUAAAUAGUCUUUUCCAAAUUCCUCCUCAUUGUUACCUCAGCUGUAAAAUGGGGAGUUUGUGCUCUGCUGAAGCUUAAUUAAAUGACUGUGAAGUGCUUUGGGAUCCUGAGGUGAAUGUUACAGAAAUUAUUUUGUGGAAGCCUGGCUGGAAAGUCCCAUCUCAUCUCCAGUUACUAAAAAGGCUUUAUUUUAAUUUUCCCAGGUUUAUUAUGUUUUAACCAGACAAUUAUUAAGCAAGUCUUAAUCUUACCAAGAUAGAAAUCUAUUAAAUCUAAGAGACAGCUGAAAAAGAUAAUGAACUGCUUUACUACAUGUGCUUUUAGGACCUAAUCUUUACAGUUGGUAUGCUACUUCAUUUCUGCCUCCUGCAUGAUCUGGGUUCAUCAUACUCAUACUGAUUGCUCUCAUGAUAUCUUUUUUUUUUUAAUACAAAUUACUUUUUUGUCAUCCUGAUGUCUUAGUGCUGUCUGCUAUGUGUACUAAUCAGCACGAUUAACAUCUAUCACAUCAUUUGUUCUCAUCUUCUCCCCAGGAGCAAGGGGUGCAAUGGUGUGUGCAACUUGACAGUGGAAGAGUUUGUGUGGUGUGCCAUAGGUUUGUCAGAGAAAGUAAGUUAGAAGGAAUCUCUGCCUUUUCAGUCCGUGUGCAAGGAAUAGCUUAUUACAUAAUUCUGCUCUUCCUAAUUUUUAAGCUUGAAAGUGUUUUCUGAAACACUGAACUAUGCAACAAAAUUCUUAGCCUUUUAGCAGUGGUCACAUAACUGUAUAAAUCUUGUUGUGGAAUCUCUGGGUCAUAGGAGAGCCUGCCAUGGUGUUGAUAACUUCAGCGGUUAUGGAGUGAUCAUUAUCAGGAUGCUGAGAGUAUCUCAAGAGAUUUGUUUAGUAGUCAAGGAGUUUGGGGAAACUUUCAAAUCAAUGAAACUUAGCUUCCUGGUUCCAGUGAAAACAAUUGAAGCUAAGAGAGAUCAGCACUUCUGUGGGUGAUCUUAAUGAGCUACCUCACUGACAGAAAUGGUGUCUGGUUUAGGUGAUGGUCUCUGGUAGCAGCAGAGAACCAGUCUUUGCCCGGUUCCUUUCAGUUUCAACAAAUAAACCAGUGUUGUGGGAAGUGAUCAAGAACACCUAAUAUUCCUGUUUCUAUUACACAGUGAAACAUUAAGCACGAGCCCCAUUGAUUGCAUUGGUUUCUGCUGCUUUCUCCAUGGAAUUCAAAACAUCAUCAACCAAAGCCCUUAAAAGAUGAGGCUGUAGCUCCUUUUGUUAUCAGUGUUGACUUGCCAAAGACAUGCAGUUUGUUCCCUGUUUGUCUUCAGUGAGAAAUUCUCUGAGGUGCAGUGAUAAUUUGUCUGGAUGGCAACAUAAAGGAACUGUAAUCUUUCUUUUUGCUUGAUCAAUGUGGAGAUUGUGCUUUUUCUUCAUAUGUAUUUCCAUUCAAUUCUGGGUGAUUUCUUCUGACCUAGCAAAGAACUCUCAGCAACUUCUCUGAGAAGUGGUGAUCUGAGCCGCCUUCUCACCUCUUCAGGGAAAGGAGUUUGCUGUUGCAAAACAACAUCCCUCUUGGUUCAUAAGAAUUUACUGAUCCUGAGGAUACAGCACAAAAAUUUUUUUCUGUGGUCAGGUAUUUGCGUAACCCUGUAGAGCUGAUGCCAUUGAAUGAACAGAACUUCACACAAAGUGGGGGUGGGAGGCUGAAAGCAGGGGCAGACUUUGAGAGUGGUUUGAUGCAUGGCGUGCCAUGGAUUAUGUAUUUGUAUCCCAUGAAUUAUCAGUGUAUAAAAUAACCAGUGAAACUUUUAACAAAAGCACCAUUUACAUCGCCGAACAGUGGUGAAUUCUAAUGCUUAUAUUUGUAUUGUUACACUGACUUGAAUUUUUGAAUGUUUAGCUAAUUGUGUUGUUACUAAGACUAUAGUUGUAUGAACUGUUUCAUUCAGUACUCCAGUAGUAAACAUUUGCUAAGAGGUUGCUUUCCCUGCCUGCCUUGUUUUCACCACAGUCAUCUAGUGUUUACAUACAUUUUAGCCUCUGUGCCAUUUUUGAAGGCUUUAUUUGUCUCAUUUACGUUUUUGGUUUGGAUAAUACUUAAAUAUGAAAUCCAUCUGGGAAACAUAUUGUAUAUUCACGUUGAGGGGUAAAACCAGUUUUUAAUUAAAAUUUUAUACAGCACUUGUA